AUGAACGUCCACCAAGUACCGGUUAUCGACAUCGGAGCUCUCAUGGAGUUCUCUUCCGACGUCGACGUGGAUGCUGCGCUGCGUAAUCCCAACAGCGAUUCGCUCCGCCAGAUCAUCGAGCAAAUACGCAAAGCUGCAAGUGAGUGGGGCUUCUUCUACAUCACCAACCAUGGACUACCCGAGAAGGAGGUGGAGCACUUCCAAGAAACGAUGCGCUCCUUCUUCCGUCUUCCGGUGGAGACAAAGCGCAACAUUUCACGCUCUGCCGCUAAUGCGCGUGGAUAUGUCGAAGGAGAACUCACCAAGAAUAAAACAGACUGUAAAGAGUGUUUCGACUUCGCUGGAGCUCAUGAAGACGCCCCACCUAACAACAAGAAUGAUCGACUGGGUGAAGAGCAAAACCAGUGGCUCGAAGAAGAAACACUACCGGGUUUCCGUAACGAGAUGCAAACAUACUACAACAAAAUGGAUUUUAUCUCGCGUCGGCUAUUGAAAAUCUUCGCAGUUGCGCUGGGUGAAGAGCCUGCAUUCUUCGACCAGUUCUUCCACGGCAUCAACUCGAGUUUAAUGAGACUGAACCACUACCCUGUCGCCCCUGAGCCUGAGAAAACUAUGGGCGUCUAUCACCACACUGACUCUGGUGCGCUGACUAUUCUGCUUCAAGAGGAUGACGUGGCAUCCUUACAAGUGCUCCACCGAGAGUCACAAACGUGGGUGAAUGUCCCUCCGCGCAAGGGCACAUACACCAUCAAUAUUGGAGACUUGGUGCAAGUCUGGUCCAACGACCGCUUUGUUGCUCCAUUACACCGCGUUCUCGCUAGUAACAAAGCUGGUCGAUUCUCGGCUCCCUUCUUUUACCUCCCAGCCUAUGAUGUGGAGGUGGAGCCGAUCGUGGUGAAGCAAGAGGAGGUGCCCAACUAUCUUCCUUUCAGCUGGCGUCAGUUCCUUUUGGGGCGUGUGCAGGGUAAUUAUGCCGACUUGGGCAAGGAGAAUCAGAUCGGAGAUUUCAAGAUUCAUGGCCCAGUUGACGUUGCGAACACUUAA